UAGAUCUUAUGUGCUAUCACUCUAGAAUAAUGAUAUUCAAUAAUAUGUGAAUGUAUAUAUUCAUAUUUAUAUAUAUUUACAUUUUAUUUGUUUGAAUUAAGACAGUGUAGGGGCACUUUAUGUAUUAAGUCCCUGAAAUUUAAAUGCGUGAUUUUUCGUGUUGAUGAGCAUCAGUUCAAAUUCUACCUUUCAUUUUAAUUAAGCGUUUUGGCUGGAACUGAUAAAUUUUAUGUUUGUUGAGUUUGCAUACUAAAGAAUGAUGAAGGAAUAUUGGGUCUGUGUAACCCAUAUGGUCAGUGGGACAUGUUCCUUACAAUUAUGAAUUUAAUGUUACCAUGUUGAGAUUUUUUAGUUACAUGAAUGUUUGGAUCUACAUGUACUGUUAAUGAUGAAGGAACAUUGGGUCUGUGUUACCCAUAUGGUCAGUGGGACAUGUUCCUUACAAUUAUGAAUUUAAUGUUAAUAAUGUUAUGUAAUUAAAGUCAUGUUGGGACUAUUUAGUUACAUAAUGUUUGAAUCUUCAUGUACUAAUAAUGACGUAGGAACAUUGGGUCUGUGUUACCCAUAUGGUCAGUGGGACAUGUUCCUUACAAUUAUGAAUUACUAAUAAUGAUGUGGGAACAUUGGGUCUGUGUUACCCAUAUGGUCAGUGGGACAUGUUCCUUACAAUUAUGAAUUACUAAUAAUGAUGUAGGAACAUUGGGUCUGUGUUACCCAUAUGGUCAGUGGGACAUGUUCCUAUUAUUAUGAUUUUUAUGUUAACAUGUACAUGUAGAUCAAAAUCUUGUUGGUAUGCGCUUAACUGAUCAGGUCAAAAUACCAAGUACAUGGUUGAAAUCAUCUGUUAAUGCAAAAGUUGAUUAUGAAAAUUUUUUUUUAUGGGUUAGGCUAAUCAUAUAUGUGAAAGGAUAGGAUUCAUACCUAUUAUUCUUAUUAUAUAUUUAGCCAUUAUGCCACCCAAAAAGAGAGCCAGGAGAGAUGAUGUGGCAACUGGAGGAUUACCACCAACAACACCACCAACUGCAGUAAAUAAGGGGAAAAAAGGGCCAAAAAGAACCCGAAAACAGUCGGAGAAUGACACUGUCAAUGUGCUACCAAAUAUUGAUUAUGAACUUCUGGCAAAAGAAAUUGUAAACCAACAAAAAGCUGAUAGUGAGAAACAAAACAUCAGUGAAAGUGUUGGGCAACCUCCGAUGGUGAAUUCUGUUGAGGAUACUGCACCAGUAGUUGGGGAAGCUAUACCGGCCGCUGCCACAAUUCCUGCCUCUGCGGCUGCCACAAUUCCUGCCUCUGCACUUGGAACAUUACUGGAUAAUGUGUUCACAGAGAGCCAGGGAGGCAGCACCAUAUCUAGACCAACAACCAACUGCCAUUCCCGAGCAUCUAUUGCAGAUUUGUCCUCAACCACCCAAACAAUCUUAGUAGCAGCUUUGUCUCCCUCUGCACGUUUAUCAUACAGACGUUCAUGGGAACUUUUUCUCACAUUUCGAAAUAAUCCAGUGUCGUUACCUUUGUCUACCAUUGAUAUUUGUAAUUUUAUUGGUUUCCUGUUUGAAAAACAAUACAGUUCCAGCAGCAUUGCCUCACAUGUAUCUGCUCUGAGUUAUAUACACAAAAUUGUAAAUGCGCCUGAUCCAACACAAACAUUUAUUGUUCGAAAACUCCUUAAAGGAUGUCACAAGCUUCUUCCUUCACAAGAUGCUAACUUUUAAGUUAGUUUAUUAGAGUGCCUGCGGGUUUCACCUUGGAAUUGCCAUUCAUGUUACGUUUGUACGGGUUAUAGUAUAAUGAAUUAUAUGCACUUAUUGCCAGGUCAGUGUGUAACUGCUGGUAACACUAUGCCAAGUCAGUGUUUAACUGUUGGUACAUUUGACUAUAAACUGUGAUUUGUGUAUGUGUUCACAUCAGCAUCAACAAGUGCACAACUCACCUUGGAUGGCACAAUGGAAUUGCCAAUUGUCAUUAUGCAAUUCACAUUUGGUGGCAUAUUUUAUUUUUGAGGUGCCAUCUUUUUGCUGGUUUUGUAUAUAUUGUAUAUAAUUUUGAACAAAAUAUUGUUUUUCUGUAUUUUAAGGGGAUCAGCAUAUUGAUAAGUUAUUUAACAUUUUGUGUGAACAGCUUUGGGUCUGAUCCCCUACUAUGUUGUUUAUAUUUUUCUUUACUUUCGUCAUUUUUAAUAAAUGACAUAUUUCAUCAUGCACAAGUGUUGAGUUCAUUUAUCAGACAGCAAAAACCGAGCUGCGGUGGGGUUGUGCAGCAUGAGAAAACAUAAAACAACAAUUAUGUUAAUAAUUGUAUUUAUGUGUUGAAUGCUAUAAUUUUAUUUGCUUAUUUAUUGUAUUUUUCAUGUUUAUGUUUGAUUAGAUAAGUUGCAUUUCUUUCCCAGGCCUUGUAGUGGUCGUUGGCCAUAUUAUGUAAUUUCCCUGCAGUGGUCACUGUCCAUGUCUAUUUUUAGCCCAAAUUCUUAGUCUAAAAACCUCCCAGUGACCUAUCAUGUAAUUGAUAAAAAUCCAAUGGUGAAAUUCUCCCCAAAUUUAAUUUAAUAGCCAAUCAAAUUAAGCGAUACGGUAACGUGGUUUGAUGCGGUCAGUAUCUGACCGGUGAGAUUAGGGUCAUUCUGUCUUCAUCUCUGAUAGUGAUAGCACGAGUAAUGUUUUGAUACACCCACCACCAUCCCCGUUUCACCACUCCAAUAUUCGAAAGUUGCAUACAUGUACAAAAUAUUGUUCUUUUGCAUAUGGCAUAUUUUAUUUUUGAGGUGCCAUCUUUUUGCUGGUUUUGUAUAUAUUGUAUAUAAUUUUGAACAAAAUAUUGUUUUUCUGUAUUUUAAGGGGAUCAGCAUAUUGAUAAUUUAUUUAACAUUUUGUGUGAACAGCUUUGGGUCUGAUCCCCUACUAUGUUGUUUAUAUUUUUCUUUACUUUCGUCAUUUUUAAUAAAUGACAUAUUUCAUCAUGCACAAGUGUUGAGUUCAUUUAUCAGACAGCAAAAACCGAGCUGCGGUGGGGUUGUGCAGCAUGAGAA